AUGGAGCCAUGGACAGUGACCCUGAAUCCUUCGGAAUCCACACUGUAUCCCAGAAACGACUCCCUGGAUGGAACAACCUGGUCAUCAGAGCAGGUGAGGGAGCCCCUGUCAGAGGCCGAAAGACAGCACGGCCAUGUCUACUUUUCCCUGCUCAUCUGUGUCCCCGGAGUCACUGGGAACGGACUCCUGAUACUGUUUCUCAUCUUCUGCGUCAAGAGGAAGCCGUUCACUGUCUACAUUCUGCAUCUGGCCAUUGCCGACUUCAUGGUCCUUCUCUGCUCGUCCAUCUUCCAGCUGGUGGACAGCCUCCACCUGCACGAUGACACCUUGCUGAGCUACGUCCUCCUCCUCAUGAUCUUCGGCUACAACACGGGUCUGCAUUUGCUCACUGCCAUCAGCGUGGAGCGCUGCCUCUCGGUGCUGUACCCAAUCUGGUACCAGUGCCGCCGCCCGAGGCACCAGUCGGCCAUGGCCUGCGCACUGCUGUGGGCUCUUUCGGUGCUGGUAUCGGGGUUGGAAAACUUCUUCUGCCUUCUGGCAGCGGAGCCGAGAUUCCCAGAGUGCCGAUACGUGUACGCCUUCUCCUGGGUCUUGACCUUCCUUGUCUUCGUUCCUCUCAUGAUCUUCUCCAACUUGAUCCUCUCCGUCCAGGUCUGCUGCCACCUCAAGUCCCGUCAACCGGCCAAGCUCUAUGUGAUCGUCACGGCCACCGUGGUCUUGUUCCUGGUCUUCGCCAUGCCCAUGAAGGUCCUGUUCAUCAUCGUCUACUACUCCAACCCCAGCGACGAGUCUGUGUGGAAGUUCUUCCCCUAUCUGAACCUGCUGUCCACCAUCAAUUGCAGUGUGAAUCCAAUUGUCUAUUUCGUGGUGGGAGGUCUUAGGAGAAAGAAAAGUAGAAAGUCCCUGAAAGAAGCGCUGCUGAAGGUCUUUGAGGAAAAGCCAGAUGUGGCCUCCAAAAUUGUGAGCCAAAUAAGCUUGCCUUCUAUUAGGUUAAUUGCCUCUGGUGUUCUGUUGUAG